AUGGCCAAACGUUUCGCUCAUGCAGGCGCCCACAUUACCAUUGCAGACCUCAAUAUCGAGGAUGGCACCAGUGCGGUCGCGGAUCUUCAGGUGCAAGGCCUCUCUGCAAUGUUCGUCCGCUGCGAUGUGACAGAUUAUGUCAGCUCUGUGAAAGCUUUUGAUCACGCACUUCAGAAGUCACCAAACGGGACCAUUGAUGUUACAGCUUUGAUUGCGGGCGUCAUCGGCGAGGCGGGUAGUCUUGUUGACAAAGUCCUAGACGCCAAAUCCAAGAGAUGUCUCACUCCGCCUGAGCUACGCCAUUCAGCUUUGGAUGUCAAUCUUCUUGGGAUGUACAACUGUGCGUAUCUGGCUCUGUGGUAUAUGACGGUUGAACCACGCCAGCCUCGUGAACAGUUGGAGGCAGAAAAGUUCUCCAAGUCGCUCAUUUUUGUGAGUUCGACUGUUGCGUACACGGACGUCGGGAAUUUUGCAGACUAUCAUGCUUCCAAGUUCGGCGUUCGUGGUCUUUUCCGUGGUCUACGCCACGAGACGCCACGCCUUAAUGUCCGCACAAAUUGUCUCGCACCCUACUUCAUGCGCACGCCGAUGGUCGAGAACGCACUGGAUACGUUUGCCGCGGCAGGAAUGGAACCGGGAAAAGGGUUUACCUAUGUGGACAUUGAAACCGUGGUUGACGUGGCGGGUCGGUUUGCGGUUGAUGAGAGCUUGCAUGGACGGGCCGUGGCGAUUCUACCAGACCCGGAAGGCUUCGUGGAUUUGAAAGAUGACGAGGAGGGACUGUGGGCAGGGGAGGUCUUCAAAAUGGUGCAAGAGAAGAGAAGGGCAGCAGGGGAUGUGAUUUAG